AAGGAGGCCGUCCUUCUCAUCGCAAAGACAAAGACUCUCUUCCGUCCUCAUUUAUUACUUAACCGCUUGAAUACUUAAAACUUAGUUUCUCUUUGGUCGUGUUGGGUUCAUGAGAAUGGGUCUCUCACCUUAUUACCCUACCAUCAUGGCUCUCCUCCUUGCGUUACCUACGUGCUCUCUCUCUCAAGACGCCUCGGCCUCCGCCUCCGCCUCCGCCUUUGUGUGCUCUAGGGCCACCUUCUACGGGAGCCCAGACUGCCUUGGAACCCCAAGUGGAGCUUGUGGGUUUGGAGAAUUCGGUCGAAGAAUUAAUGGAGGCGAUGUUGGGGGGGUUGCUAAGCUCUACAAGAAUGGCACUGGUUGUGGAGCUUGCUACCAGGUGAGGUGCACCCAACCCCAAGUUUGCAACCCCUAUGGUUUGACAAUUGUGGUGACGGACUACGGUGAGGGUGACCACACAGAUUUCAUCCUCAGCACAAGUGCCUACUCCAAGUUGGCACUUCCUAACAUGGCCCUUGAGCUCAUGGCUUAUGGUGUAGUAGAUAUCGAAUACAGGAGGGUGUCAUGCCAGUACCCAGGCUACAACAUGAUGUUCAAGGUCCAUGAGAACAGCCGAUACCCGGACUCCUUGGCCCUUGUCAUUUGGUACCAAGCCGGCCAAUACGACAUCACUGCUGUCGAAUUGUGGCAGGAGGAUUGCAAGGAAUGGAGGGGAAUGAGGAGGGCGUAUGGGGCAGUGUGGGACAUGCCCAACCCACCAAACGCAGGGGCUGGCCUUAACCUUCGGUUCAGAGUCUCCGGUGGCGUCGAGGGAGAGAAAUGGGUCGUCCUGCCCAAUGCCAUUCCUACCAAUUGGAAGGCAGGAGCCGUCUAUGACUCCACCAUACAGCUUUCUUAAGCUACUAUCUAUCUCUAGGCAGUUCUAUUAGAACCUCUCUCUCUCUAGGAAGGGGUCUCCAUCACUCCUCACUUUACUCUUAGAAUCUCUCUCUACAACUCUAGAAUACAUUCCAGGGGCCCUAUAGGCUUGGCAUGGCUUUGCUCUCAUGCACUAUAUGUUAGUGUGUGUAAUAUUUGUUGCCUUUCUUUAAUUUGUUGCGAUGUCAUGUUCUUUAUGUAACCUUAACAUCAUGUAUCAUCAGUAGUGCGCAAUAAGGCCACAGGCCACCGUUUAGGAGUGUAAACUGCAUCUGUUGAGACUGUAAACAGUAUUUGUCAAGAUACUAGAAAUAAAUAAUUUGAGAUUGCUUUAAUAGUAA